AUGGCCAAGUCCGAUAAAAUAUUAACUCCCAAAUAUCUGGAUUGGCAUGCCAAAUUAACUGGUUUGCCAAGUAUUUUGACAGAUAAGAUUCGUUCCAAUUUAUACAAAAAAUAUAAAAAAGAAACUGGGUAUGAGCCAUGGCAAUUAUCAGAAGAUUGCCUUCUCAUAAAUUUGAAGCCAGAAAAUAAAGUAUCCUAUUUAUCUUCUUCUGAGCAAUGUGAAGAAAAAGGGCCUAUAACUUUUGAAGUCAGACCUGAUCCAGAAUUAAUUAUCAAAUCCGUCUUAGAGCACUUCCCAUACUUGAAAUUCAGAAAUAGUUUCAGAGGGAUUGAUAAUUAUGAUUUUACAUCACCUCAGCCGUGGAGCUCACCAUACCCUAUCUGCGAUGGAAAGCAUGGGAAUUAUGGAUUACAUGGCGAAUGGCAUAGAAAUGGAACAGAAUAUUGUCUUACCUGCAACAGUUCAAGUGAUAAAUUCAAGUUCGCAUUCGUAGCAUAG